AUGUUGGAGGGGGCGGCGCGUAAAGUGACAACAGUUGCACAGCAGCCACCAAAGCAAACACAUUGCCAAGCGAAGCUCAACUCAAGCAUUUGCCAAACAUUAAUCACUAUGGCCACCACCUACACUUGCACCCAGUUCGUGAACUUUAUGGAUCCCAGCAGCUGUGGAUCGAUGAGCACCACGUAUACCCUGGAUGCGGCACGCUUUGGUCAGCGUGACCUGAGCCUGUUCAUUGAGAGCCUAGAGACAAUUGCACGCAUCGAACGGGAGCGUCAUGAGCGACGUCAGAGUCGCCGCAUGCAAAAGCUGCUGGAGGAGCGCAUCGCGGAGCUGGAAGACGAACGCUGUGUCAGUCCCACGCCCAGCGCCGAGGAGGCUGUCGACGAGCCACUUACGUACUUAGAGGCCAAGUGCAUACCCUAUGCCAUCAGCGAAGCUCUGCCCGUUCCCGAGAAAACUAGCUCAGACUAUGAUGUCUGCGAUGAUGAGGCUUACGGCAGCGCUGAUCAGUCGCCGCGUAGCAGCGUCACCUACUGCAGUUGUGGUGGCGUCUCCAACACUGGCCUUGACUCCGACUCCGCUGAAUCGGGCAUAUAUGGUGGAUCAACGCCUCCCCCGUUGCGACCACGCUCCCAGGUCAUCAGCAAGCCAAAACCAAGAACCACACGAUCCCGCAUCAUUAGCAUGGUACUCAAGCGGGAGUAUGCCAAGUCGCCCUCUGCGGACACCUUGCAGCAUGCCGAUCGCUGUGAUCACCUGCUGAACAGCACCAUCAAGCAUCAAUAUGACCAAAUGUCGUCAAAAUCGAGACGCGGCAUUGCCUGCAGCCAGGGAUCAGCUGAGGAGCGUUUUCUGGACAAAGCCUUGCGCUAUUUGACCUUGUGA